CCCGCGCCGCCGCCCGCCGCCUGCGCACUGCUGCUGCCGCCGCCCGCCGCCCGCCGUCGCCGCGCCCGCCGCCGCCUCCCGCCCGAGAACGACGGGGCCCCGCAGGCAUUGCCCGGGGCGCGGGGCUGGCUGCGACGCCUGGGGGAACCGCUGGGACUGCAGCCCCCCGAGCAGGAGGCGGUGCUGAGGGUGUUGGACGCGGGCUUGGAGCGGUGCCUGGCGCUGCACGCAGCCUGCAUCCCCCUGCCAGGGCACAGGAAGCUCCCAGGCAAGGCAGGCAUCGAUGAGGUGAUGGCAGCCGCAGUGCUCACCAGCCUUUCCAGCAGCCCACUGGGGCUCGGCCACCCCCCAGCACCUCCUGGCCCAGCAGAGCUUGGCAGUGAGAUCUGGAAGGAGACACCAGCCAUGUCCUUCAGCUGCAGCAGCAGCAGCAACACCAGCGGGGAAUGGAGCUGGGACCCCCCCAGCGACCGCUCCACUCCCUCCACCCCCUCACCCCCACUCUCCAGCCAUGACCACAGUGCCUUCUUGCCACCAGACGAUGGCCCCGAAGAACCUGACAGCACCCACUUCAUGUUUGGAGAGCCCAUCCCGCGGAAGAGGAAGAACUCCACCAAGGUGAUGUUCAAGUGCUUGUGGAAGAGCUGCGGCAAGGUCCUCAGCAGCUCCUCAGGGAUGCAGAAGCACAUCCGAACCGCGCACCUGGGCCGCCAAGCCGACCUGGAGCAGAGCGACGGCGAGGAGGACUUCUACUACACGGAGCUGGACGUGGACGUGGACUCGCUGACGGAUGGACUCUCCAGCCUGACACCCGUCUCGCCCACCUCCUCUGUGCCGCCUGCCUUCCCCGGCCCCGAGCUGCCGCCCUUCCCCAGCCCUGAGCCGCCUCUGGGCUCCCCCCGCAGCCCCCCGCCACCCCCAGGCCUCUGCCACAUCCACACUGACCACGCAUACCAGGGCUGCCCCUCAGGGCCCACAGCUGGGGAGAAGCGGCCCCCAGGGCUACCUUUACCUGGGUUGAGGACGCCGGCGCUGCCCACCCCGACGCUGCCGAAGCCACCCACCAUCCCCAGGAAGCCGCGGGGGGAGGCCAAGAAGUGCCGCAAGGUGUACGGCAUGGAGAACCGGGAGCUGUGGUGCACGGCGUGCCGCUGGAAGAAGGCCUGUCAGCGCUUCCUCGACUGAGCCCCGCCGCCGCCGCCGUGCCCCCCCAGCUCUCCUUCUUGCACAUUUUGCACUUGAGGUGCCUUCGCGCCCCCCAGCCCGCCCCACACACACACACACACACACACACACACACACACACGCUCCCCCCCGGGGCUGGACUCAGGGAACAGCCCCCACGCUGUUGGGGGGAGGACUGUAGGGCUUGGGGGGGGCCACGCACAGUUGGGCCUGGCCCUGCCUUCCCCCCCACCCCGAGCUUUAUGCACACAGCCCCCCCACGCCAACACAGAGCUUCCCCCCUUUUCUUUAUCCUCGGAAAAUAAGCUAACCCUCCCCGUGCCCCCCACCCCUUGCCUGCAGCCCAUAUCCCUGCUGGGGGGGGGGCCGUGUGCUGCUGGGAUGAGCUGUGCCUUUGGGCUUGGGGGGGUGGAGAGGAGGGAGAAGGGUGGGUUCUGCUCCCUGUCCUCGCCUUAACUGGGGGCUGAUGGGCACAACUGGGUGCCACCCCUGCACCCCGCGGGGGUUUUUACUCUUUGUAGUGUGUUUUUCUCUCUAUGUUUUGUACCUGGGGAGCAGCAGCUCCUGCUGGGGGCCGCGCUCCGGGAAGUGCCUGCAGAACGCGCCCAUUUGCACUAAGCCAAACUGCACAAAGACCUUUUCUGUUUUGUUUUUGUUUUUUUUUGGUGUUGUUUUCCCCCCCCCCCCCUUUUUUUUUCCCCCUCUCCUU